AGUAGUGAACAACGCUUAACAUGAAUUCCAUAUUCUAUCUUAUAUUGGUGACGUAUUUGACAAGGACGGAUUGUGCUCGUAUAUUAGCUAUCUUUCCAACUCCAUCAAUAAGUCAUCAAGUUGUUUUUCGACCACUCACUCAAGCAUUGGCUAAUCGUGGACAUGAAGUAACAGUCAUAACACCAGAUCCAGCAUUCAAAGAUAACGCUCCAAGAAAUCUGACAGAAAUUGACGUUCAUGAUAUUUCCUAUGAUUUUUGGCGCAAAUUUCUCCUAAAGAACGCUGCUGUUGGAGGGAAUACAGAUAUUUUAAAUGCUUUUUCAAUUCUAUCAGAAUCGUUUAGUAAAACAUUCUUUUUGCAGUUGGAAACUGAAGAUGUUCAGAAAAUAGUUCGAAGCAAAGCAACGUACGAUUUGCUACUGAUUGAAGAGUGUGUGAGACCAGCUCUAGUGUUUUCUUAUAUUUUCAAAAAUGUUCCUGUUAUUCGCAUUAGUUCAGGGGGUGUAAUGGUUUCUGCAUAUAAAAGUACAGGAUUACCAAAUCAUCCACUUUUGUUCGCCAGCAUUUUACAGCGAAGGUUUCAUAAUUUGACUAUUUGGGAAAAAAUACAAGCGUUCAUACAUAACGCCGGUCUUGAGUAUAUAUAUGCAACUCAUCAAAUUGAAGAGGAUAAGCAGUUGAAAAGAAUAAUCGGACCAGAUGUGCUUCCACUGCACAAAUUAAUGGAAAAUAUCGACCUUGUAUUUUAUAAUAACUUUCCCAUUUGGGCUGGUAAUAUACCUGUUCCCCCAAACGUCGUGUAUAUUGGAGGUAUAUACGAAAAACCAAAGCAGGAAAUCCCCGAGGAUCUUAAAAUAUUUCUGGAUUCAUCUAAACACGGAGUUAUUUAUGUGAGCUUUGGAACAAACACAAAAUCGUCCCUUUUCCCAAAGAGUCAAGUUCAUAUAUUUACAAAAGUAUUUUCUAAGCUGCCCUACGAUGUUUUGUGGCGGUGGGACGAAGAUAUUUCUGGAAAAUCAAAGAACAUAAGAAUUACAAAGUGGGUACCACAGCCUGAUCUGUUGAAACAUCAAAACGUAAAACUCUUCAUAAUGCAAGGUGGUUUCCAGUCUACAGAAGAAGCUAUAAUUGGUGGCGUACCACUUAUAGGACUGCCAAUGUUCGCAGACCAGUGGUAUAAUGUUGAGAAAUACAAAUACUUUGGCAUCGGUACAAAACUUGAUAUGAAUAGUUUUAACGAGCAAGAUUUAAGAUCUGCAAUCAGUGAAGUCAUAGAGAACAGAAGUUAUCGAGACAAUAUCGUGAAACUACGACAGAUUUUAAGUGAUGAGCCUCAGAAGGGGCUGGAUAAGGCCAUCUGGUGGACGGAGUACGUACUACGACACGGUGGAGCGAAACAUCUUCGAUCUCCCGCAGCCAAUAUGUCCUGGAUGGAGUAUUACGAAGUCAAAUUAAUAUUAACAGUCAUUAGUAUUAUAUUGGUUCUUGUAACUCUAAUAAUGUAUUCCAUUAUAACCAUUUAUAAAUAUAUUGUGAAAAGUGAAAAACAUAAAAUUUCUUAGUUACUUAAAUAGACUUUGAAUUGAUUUUUUUGUAAUGAUAAAGUGUACUGUUAAAAUAAUUUGCUCAAUUUCACAAAAUUAUUUAAGUAGGCAUAAUUUGUACUAAAACGUUAUGGUAUUGAAAAAUUCGUAAAUUAGAUGCAGGUUAAUGUUUUUUAUCUACAUCCUUAUAUAUUCAAAAUUUGUUAUAAAAAGGAUUUCAUAAAUAUAUUCGUAAUGUAAAGGUAUAUUUUGCAUUAGCUCUUAUAAACACCAGGAGAACCUAACUAUGGUAGCGGUGAUAGUAUUGUCUUUUAUUCGGUUGAAAACACGUGUCAUCCUAGCAACAUGUACCAGGACUUAUAAAUUAAAGUGCAUUAUAAAUUAUAAUUAUUCUCUUUGAAAUGAUACAUAGAGUAAAGUUUUGUCUGUUAGGGACCUAAAAGUUUUAUUGGAUAAUAAUAAUAUAAUUUGCGAUAAAAAAAGUUAGGCAGCUGACAGAUGUUGAAACGGCUAGACUUGUAUAUUUCAGCUACUUUCAUAGUGUCAUGUCUUACGGAAUUAUAUUGUGGAGUAGGGCUGCAGAUAUUGAAAACAUAUUUGUGCUGCAGAAAAGAGCAAUUCGAGCAGUCUAUAAAAUGCGUUCAAGGGAUUCAUUGAGAGAAAAGUUUAGUGAAAUAAAUAUUAUGACAGUACACUGCCAGUACAUAUACGAGAACCUCAUAUACGCCCAUAAAAAUAUUAGCCAAUUUAAAAAGAAUAGUGAUGUACACAGUGUCAAUACUCGAAACAAACAUAAACUCGCAAUUCCAUCUACUAGGCUCCGUAAAAUUGCUAAAUCUUUUAAAGUGGAUUGUGUUAUAUUUAAUAACAAACUCCCAAAUGAAAUUAAAAUGUUACCUAUUAAAAAAUUUAAAUGUAUCGUAAAAAAUAAAUUAACAUCUAAGGCCUACUAUAAUGUGAAAGAUUAUUUGAAUAAUAAAGAGGUGGAAUUAAUGUUCUAAAUUUUGUUAAUGAAUAUUGUUAUUCUCAUUUGAAUGCUAUUGUAACUUUUGUACUUCAUCCUGACUUGCACUAAAUAACUUAUAAAGUUUUACAGUGAAUAAAGAUUUUUUGACUUUGA